UUCAUAAAGUCAAUCUCAAUCUGACAGGUGGUUAUCGAGGAAAAAUCUUGGAUUGUUUGCAACAGGUUGACAAUAUUUGAAUACACUGAAUGUCGUUAUAAUAGAAAUGGAUUAUGAUUAUUUAAUCAAAUUUCUGGCUCUGGGUGAUUCUGGUGUUGGUAAAACAAGUUUCUUGUAUCAAUACACCGAUGGAAUGUUCAACUCACGAUUUAUAUCAACAGUGGGAAUCGAUUUCAGAGAGAAAAGACUGUUGUAUCAAUCAAAAGGGAGAAAUCAUAGAAUCCAUCUACAGCUGUGGGAUACAGCAGGACAAGAGAGAUUUCGUAGUUUAACAACAGCAUUUUAUCGAGAUGCCAUGGGCUUUCUUCUGUUGUUUGACCUCACUAACGAGCAAUCAUUUCUUGAAAUUCGUAAUUGGGUAGAGCAACUGCGGUUACAUGCAUACUGUGAAUCCCCCGACGUAGUUCUUUGUGGAAAUAAAGCUGACUUAGAAGAUCGCAGAGUAAUAACAGAAUGGCGUGCUCGCGAAAUGGCGGAGAAAAACGGCUUAGUAUAUCUCGAAACCAGCGCCGCCACUGGCCAGAACGUUUCCCGAUCCGUAGAAACGCUCCUGGAAAAAGUGAUGAUACGAAUGGAAACGGCAGUCGACAGAGCCAUGCUUCCUGGACGUAGGGGACGACCAAGAGACUUAAACGACCCAGAUCUGAACGCGCCGCCAGCUCACAACUGCACGUGUUAAUGUGUUCUAAAGCUAACAAUGUUGUUCAGUAUUGUCUGUUACUCCCCAGUACUUCCAUUAAGCCUAUCGUUGAGUAAAAUAUACAGCCUAUUAUAAUGUUAACGAUGAAAUUUAAUUUUAUGACGUGUAGCUUUUUACAGUUGUUGUAUAAUAAAUGGGUAUUUUUGAGUG